AUGUGCUGCUGCUUUGCUGAUUCUGCUGCUGCUGUGGUGGCCCUGGAGGCCCGCGUGGGCCCAGAAACAGAAGCAGAAAUUUUCACAGAGAGUUUUUGGAGGUCUCAAGAUAUUAUAAUUAACGCCUUGGACAAUAUCCAGGCCCGGCAGUACGUGGAUUCUCGCUGUGUGACUUUCACAAAACCCUUACUCGAGAGCGGCACUUUGGGCACCAAAGGCAAUGUCCAGGUGGUGGUGCCGUUUUUGACGCAGUGCUAUUCGGACUCUGUCGAUCCCCCGGAGGAGUCGAUCCCGUUGUGCACACUGCGGCACUUUCCGCACACUAUAGAGCACACAAUUGAAUGGGCUCGAGAUCUUUUCCAGGGUUUAUUUUCGGAUAGAAUGGCCGAAGCUGCUCAAUUUGCUGCAAACCCUGAAGGGUUUUUGGACCAAGUCCUUUCAG